AUGGUCACUGCUUGCACGAACGAAAAUUCUCUGUAAUUAAUUUCUUUUAAUAAGUCAAGGUUCGAUUGACUUUCGAAGCAAAACUUUGGUAAAAACACCUGAAGAUCUUGACUUGAGCACCCUCAAAAUGUAGCUUUGUGUAUUUAGGUGGAGAUGUAGGUUUUUGUUUUCUUGACAUGGAAGAGUUCAGUGUCUUCGAUCAUCCUGACCGGAUUUGAUCUUACGUAUCGUUGUACUGGCAAGGAAAUGUCAUACCAGCACACUCAUUGGAGAGAUGUAGAGGCAUGGAGGAAGGAAGGUCUUCCAUUGUCGACAACAAGCAAUGAAGCUGCCAAAAUGUUUGAUGCUUCCCUCACUCAGGUUGUUGCUCACCUUGAAGAUGACAGUGUUGGUGGUUUGCAGAAUUCAAUAACCAGGAUGUUGCAAGCAGAUCCUGAUUUUGUUAUGGGUCAUGUCUUGGCAUCCACUUGUCUGUUUGAUAUAAAGCAUUCUGAUGCUGCUCCAUUACGAGCUCCAAAAACUGACCUUACCCACAGAGAAUUACUUCAUCUCAGCGCUGCAAAGGAGCUGGAAGCUGGAAAUGUACCUAAAGCACAAGACAUUUGGGAUGACAUAGUGAUGGCGUACCCUACUGACAUUUUAGCAUUGAAGAUGCUCUCUGACUACAGUACGUUUUAUGGUCCUAAGGAGAGGGUCAGGGACAGUGUGGCAAGGGUUUUUCCACAUUGGAAGCAAGACGCACCGUUAUAUGGGUAUCUUUUUGGCUUGUACGCCUUUGGUUUAGAAGAAACAAACUUCUACAGAGAAGCAGAGAAACAAGCUCGUAAGGGAUUGGAACUAGUUCCAAAAGAUACAGGAGCAACACACGCCUUGGCUCAUGUUAUGGAGAUGGAAGGCCGUCAGGAUGAAGGGAUUAAAUUUAUGAGUGAAACCAUAGAGAACUGGAAGCCAUGUGAAUCAUUAACUUGCCACAAUUUCUGGCACUGGGCUUUGUAUCAUAUUGAAAAGGGAGAGUACGAAGCAGCCCUGGAUAUCUACGACUCUGAGAUGUUACCAAGAUUUAAGGCUAGCAACGUUUUCCCAUUGACGGAUGGAUCAUCUUUGUUGUAUAGAGUGCAACUCGAAGGAGUCGAUGUUGGUGACAGAUGGCAACAGCUCUGUCAGUUUUGGGAGAGCCACGCAGAUGAGCAUUUUCUGGCAUUUAAUGACAGCCACAUGCUUAUGACCACGCUGGGUGCAAAGAAUGAGGCUUUGACGAUGAAACUGUUGGAUUCCUUGAGAAAAUAUGUAAGGAAUGGCUCAGGCCCCAACUGUGAAAUAUCACGUGAAGUUGGUCUCCCAAUCUGCGAGGCAUUUGUGGAAGCUGAUAAAGGAAACUUCGACAAGGCUGUGACGAUUUUGAAACCUCUUCGUUAUAAAGUAGAUCUUGUGGGUUCAAGUAGAGCUCAGCGAGAUGUGUACGAGUUGUUCUUGAUAAAUGCGUCCAUGCACUCGCAGCGUAGAGAGGAUCACCAAUUUGCCAGAUGCCUAAUCGCUGAAAGGAAAGCAAAAAAGAACAAAGCUCCGUUGACGGACAGACUCAUGGCACAAGCUCUUGCUCUUCAAAUGGAAUAGAAUGCAAAAUGGUUGUGUAUGAAAAUAUGAAUUUUAAGCUCACCUCGCCAAUACUUCUGUUAGCCAGAACACAACAGAAAGAAACUCUUAAUGAAUUAAUUUUUGACGCCAACACCUGGCAGCUUCUUGCAGCCGGGCUAUUCUAUUUGGUUUUCUCGGCAAGCUAUGACCUACACGCUUUUCCUUCACGGAGAGUUUACUGAAAAGGAGAACCGAUUUUCCUAUGGAUAUAUUGGCUUGGGAUCAGGUCGUGAAUAUAAACUUGAGAGUACCUCAAGGUGUUUUACCACAUCCUCGUUCAACAGUGCCAAGACUAAACGUAUUCUGUAAAUGUUUGCUCGAUAAAGUUAGCUCGAAUAAUUAGUGUAGGUAAUUGCAUGGGGCAGAAUAAAAUUAAAGAUUGAUAUCAAGCGUGUUUUAAGAAGUUGCAGAAAUUGCCUGUGACGUGGGCAAUUGUGAUAUUAUUGCGUGAUUUUACAAGGGAACUUGCGAUCACUAGUUUAUGAUAUUAUGGGCAGAAUUUUAUGGCAAUAAGAGUUCAAAAACCGCACGCUGUUGUGUGAGUCUAUAGGAAGCCAUUUCAGUGUUUGGAUAGCAUCAAGGAACUAUAGAACGCGCAAAUUAGCUAGAAAAAAAUCUAUAUGUAUCACUUAAACUACGGUGUUAUACAAGGAUUUCCAGCCGUGAGAAAAGCCGUAACAACACACGUAGAAAAAUUUGAGAUUUUUACACUUGUGUUUGAUAUCGCCAAUCAGGUGCUGACACGUCACUCUCCUUUUGCGCCACUCGGUCAGGGUGAUGAAUGAACAGCAAAUCCUCACCAUUCUCAAUCCAAGGUCGUUUGCCGGAAUUUUCUCGGAUUAUGGCCGCUAUAGCUUACAGACAGUGUCCUUUCUAGAGGGGAAAAAACCAAAAUACGAACAUAAAAACCGAAAGUUACGUAUUUAGUGGUUUUGGUAAUGGCAUUUCUCGCCGCUGAGAACGAAAAUCGAGUGCUGGAAGAUUUGCUACAGGCCGACUUUGGCUGUGUACCCAAAAGAUUUCUUCUAUCGAUGAGGACAAAGUCAAUAACUGAGAAUUUUGUAUAUUGAAAACUACGCCCAUUUUGUUUUUGUAGUGAUCCAACGCAUUUUUUCAUUUUGAGCCUUAGCGUCGACGCACUUUACAAAGCCGGCAACGGGAAACCCGAACGAUGUAUUUCUAUCUAAAAUGCAUCUUUCCGUGGGUUAUUUACCUGAAGAAGAGUCGCGAGGAGAUAAGAAGUAUGUAUCCUCGACGUGGAUUUUGGACCACUCGAUUUAGCACGAGAAAUAUACAAUCCGACUUGGACGGAAGUGACGAUACCCAAGGCAAUAGGGCCGAAAUUAUAUGUGGUCUUGACUGCGUAGACGCUGGAGAAGACGCGAGCCCUUUCCACGUGCAAGACAGAGUGCGCAGAUGAAUGUUAAUAUUAAGAUUGUUUGAAACCCAAAUGAUUUUUCCUUCGUUAAAAGGCGAGUUCAAUUGAUGGACGCCGAGCUCUUCGAUCAGUUUCUUGCAACUGAAGAACGAUUAGGAUUCCUCGCCUCAGGUUGGUUUUCAACUCAAGAAGUUCAAAAGAGAGCUGCAUAUAUUGUUGUAAUUCUAGAAAUAUUGACUCGAACUUAGAAGGACUUGAACUUGAAGAGCGUAUAAAGUCAUUUACUAUCGUUCAACCGGAACU